GACAGCUUCCAUCUGUACCAAAGAUACAUGGAUGAUACUUUCAUCAUAUGUGACGACAAUACCGACAUCGAAUUGAUAACCAAAGAGUUCAACAGCUGCCAUCAUGCCAUCAAGUUCACGUCGGAAUCAGAGAACAACUCGGAAUUCCAUUUUCUGGAUGUUUUUCUAAAGAGGAGAUCGGAUGGUUCUCUUCAAAGAUCGAUCUACAGGAAACCAACAUGGAAUGGUCAGUACACAAAUUUCCAUAGCUGGGUCCCUUUGAGAAGGAAGAGAAAUCUAAUCCAUUCCUUAUCCUCAAGAAUAAGGAGGAUAUGUUCCAGUGAUACAAUCGAUGGGGAACUGGAGCGACUCAGACAAGUCCUCAUAGAGAAUGGAUAUCCUCCGAGAUUUAUCGAGAAGAACAUGAAGCCAAGGGAAAAACCUGAAAGAAUACAGACGGUACCGAAGAAACUACUGUUUAUGAGUGUUGAAUUUAAAGGUGAUACCGCAGCUGAGAUCCUGAAGAAUCGCUUAUGCAGAUCACUGAGGAAAGCCUUCUUUAUGGCUGAGCUACGUAUCAACUUCUACAGCCGACAAAUGAUCAACGGGUGUGUGAAGGAUAAACUGCCGCUUUGGGCCACCUCAAUGUGUGUUUAUAAAUUCACUUGCUCGUGUGGAGCUAGUUAUAUUGGCCGCACAAAGCGCACGCUUUCCAAACGCAUCUCUGAGCAUUAUCCGGCAUGGUUAGCAAAGGGACAAUGUAAGACAAUUACUAGCUCAAUUCUCGAGCAUUUGGUGAACUCAGGCCACGUAGCUCCACCAGA